AUGGACCACGUCCGUGACUCCCUACUGAGCUCUCUACCGAGAGACAGUCCUUCUACUGCAGCAAUCGACCACGCUCGCAGAGACCAAGAAGACACCCGACAGGCCGUCGCACGUGGUGAAUACCAAGAAGUCCGAGACAUAGCCUUCAGCAACCGGACCUGGGUCGUGACCAGCCGCUACUGCGACAUUGGAGAUGGCGUUGAUUCUCUCGAGGGCCACAUUCAUUCCUUAUGGUACAUGUACUACGAGCUUGGGCGAACUAUCUCUUCCGACUCACCUGAGCACGAGGGACUAGUCCUCGACAUCCUCCGCAUCCAGGGAAUGGGGCCAUUGACAAGACCCUCACGGGGUGUCAACGGCAUCGAUAUCGCACGAACUGUCGAUGGUACAUUGUGGAACGACCUCCCCUUCCUUGUUGGCGAUAUGACCGAUUUCUGGAUCAAUCACAGUGCAUCUAUGUCGGGAACACACCGGCUGAAUUUUGCUACAUUCCUAGCUAAGCUUGCCUCUACGCGUGUCGCUAAGGAUAGACUGGGCCAAGUUGCUCUGCUCAUCUUCCAUUCCCUGUUUGAAAGUCCCCUGCAACUUCGCUCGGGGAAAGAGUCUGACGAGGAAGAUGUCAAUCGAGGUACGAAGCAGCUGGAGGUGUUCCAUCUGCUACCAUCCGCUGUUGCUUGGCUCAAGAUAGCAAGCCACAACCUGCUUCUGCUCUCUGAGGUAUAUUGGAACGACUGUCCUAGCCACAUCAGCAAGGGUGGUGCGACGUUCGUUGGAUCUGAUCUCGGACAGCGAUCGCCUACAGGAUUCUCGUCAUGGAGAUACAUGUUCUGGCUGAGGCGACUGCACGAACUCCAGGAUGAGGCUAAGCAGGCGGGUGAGAAAGCUCUGGAAGAGCUCGCUGCUGAUGGUAUCCAGUACAUGGUCAAUACGAUCAAGGAUAGGAAUUCUGAGGUUCUCAGAGCAUAUAAGAAUGGUGGAGAUGAGUUGCAUCAGGAUAAGUAUCUUUCGUGUCUGAAGACUCUUGCUCGUGUUGAGGAGUAA